AUGUCUGGGGGCUCAGAGAGUGAUGACUCUGUAACAGCUAAUGGGAGGGUUUACAUUCCUGAAGUAAGAAAUGAGGAAACACCAGCAGUUGGGAUGAAGUUCGACUCGCUUGACCUCGUUUAUAAUUUCUAUAAUAGAUAUGCAUUCUUGGCUGGCUUUGGUAUUCGACUUCAUUCCAGCUUUUGGGGGAAAAAUAAGAAAGAGAUUCUGAGAAAAGAAUUUGUAUGUUGCAAACAAGGUGCAUACCGGAAUGAUGAAACUCGGGAGAGAAAAAGACAGCGGGGAAUAAGUAGAUGCAAUUGCAAAGCUAAGAUUGUGGUUGUGAAGACACAUGGGAGCAAGAAGUAUACCAUCUCUCUUUUUGCAGAGGGACACAAUCAUAAGAUGACACCCUCAGGAAGAAUGCAUUUACUGAGAUCACACCGUCGUAUUUCAGAUUCUACAAAAGUACUUACAAAACAGUUGGGUUCGGUUAAUAUUCCCAUUAAUCAGAAGGUAAGUAUUUUCGAGGUGCAAUCCGGAGGAAUGGAUAAAAUCGGUUUUAUCAAAAAGGAUAUGUACAAUCUUGAAUGUAGUGUGAAUGGGAAGCUGAGGAACCACGAUGUUGAACUAGUGACCGAGUAUUUUAUGGCUGAACAGAAAAAAAAAUGA